AUGCGUGGGUUCCGAUUGUUCCGCCUCCGCAAAGCCCUCCACACCUCCUCCGUCCAAAACCCUAACCCCAUCCCCUUCGCCACCUGCUGCGAAUCCCGCAACUGGCCCCAGCAGCCGAGGAAUCUCCACUCCACUCCUCAGCGCCGGUUCCCCUCCUCCGCCGCCACGGACAAUGAAACCACCGCGCCUAGCUGGUCGGCUUUCCCGAACUUGCCACGGCCGCCGCCGCCUGACCCGACUUCCCAGCAAACCCCUGCCGUUGAAACCGUCUACGACCCCACUGCCGGCUGUGUGGUCACCACGACAGAAUCCAGCGGCGGCGCCGGCAUGGAAGUCGAACCCGGCGGUUCGGAAGGAGAAGACACAGCACCGAGUCUCGAGGCGAGCAGUCGAGUAUACCGUGAUGUCAUUGGCAGCAGCAGCGUUAGCGGCAGCGUGAGGAAGAAGGGGAAGAUGAAGAGCGUCUUUGUCUGUGUAGAUUGUGGGUACUCAGAUGGAAAGUGGUGGGGAAUGUGCAGGGAGUGCGGGGAGGCGGGUACCAUGAAAAGGUUCGCAGUUGAGAGCGCCCAAGUGGAGAGCGCCCAGGAGAAGAAAGGGUGUGGGACUCGUUUACCGGAAGAUCUGGAAAGGUCAUGGCUGCCAAAAGAGGCGACUCCUGUUCGGUUGUCUGAUGUGUCUAAUCAGAUUGAUGAGUCAAAUUGGCGAUUUCCUUUACGUGGAGAAUUUGGAGCUGAGGUAGAGAGGGUUCUCGGUGGCGGUUUAGUCCCAGGUUCUUUGGUGUUAGUGGGUGGAGAUCCUGGGGUGGGUAAAAGCACGCUAUUGUUGCAGAUUGCUGCAUUGAUAGGAGAAGGGGAUAAUGAAGAUGUUCCAUCUCGAGUUUUAUAUGUAUCUGGGGAAGAGAGCGUUGAGCAAAUUGCAAAUAGAGCCGACCGUCUGCAAAUCCAAACAGAAGGACUUUUUCUGCAUUCAAAUACAGAUGUUGAGGAUAUUCUAGAACAGGCUCAGCCUCUUUCUCCAAAGGCUUUAAUCAUCGAUUCUAUUCAGACCGUCUAUUUACAGAGAGUGACUGGAAGCGCUGGAGGUUUGACACAGGUGAAAGAAUGCACUUCAGCAUUACUAAGGUUUGCGAAGAAGACGAAUAUCCCUGUACUUUUGAGUGGGCAUGUGACUAAAUCUGGAGAAAUAGCUGGGCCACGUCUUUUGGAGCACAUUGUGGAUGUUGUUUUAUAUAUGGAAGGGGAGAGACUUUCAUCUCAUCGAUUGCUUCGAUCAGUGAAGAAUCGAUUCGGCUCCACAGAUGAGCUCGGAGUUUUCAAAAUGUCAGAGGUUGGAUUGCAAGGAGUUCCUAAUCCAAGCGAAAUUUUCUUAGGUGAGCAGCACUCUAAUUCAGAUUACCUCGCCGGGUUGGCUGUGGCUGUGGUUAUGGAUGGAUCACGAUCAUUUCUCAUUGAAGUUCAGGCACUGUGUGUGGCUGGCUCAUCUACCAUGAUGCACGUGAAUGGUAUUCAACGUAGCAGAGCUGACAUGAUUAUUUCUGUUAUUACGAAGCAAGCGGGUCUCAAGCUACAAGAGAAUGGCAUUUUUCUUAACGUUGUCAGCGGGUUUAUCCUGACAGAGACAGCUGGAGAUCUAGCUAUAGCAGCUGCAAUUUGUAGCAGGCAUGACACUUCUACGAACUCUUUUUUCUUCUUAUUUUUCUUCUUGGAAUGCCCCAUACCCAAUGGCAUAGCAUUCAUUGCUGAAAUUGAUCUCAGUGGUGAACUUCGUAUGGUGCCUCGAAUGGAUAAAAGGGUCCACACACUUGCAAAGCUGGGUUACAAGAAGUGUAUUGUCCCAAAAUCUGCUGAGAAUUUGCUCCCUGCUGCAAAUCUUCUAGGUAUGGAGGUUGUGGGAUGUGUUAAUCUGAAGCAAAUGAUUAACACCGUUUUCAGGAAGGUAUAG